AUCACGUAGACCAAUGAUGGCUCCAAUGAUGGCUCAAGCUGUGGCUGAAACGUCGCAUGGCCUUGGCGUGGCGCUCGAGCCCUUCGUGUUCGUGGAGGCAUGCCGCGGCUGGUCAUCAAGAGCUUGCUGAAAGGUGCUCACAAGUGGAGCCCGCGCAGAAAGUCGCAUCCGGGAAGGCUGAGAUCAACCCAAUUUGAGAAUAUGCCGACUUCCCAAACCGCUGAAACGUACAUCCGAAUGAUAGGAGAGGGCAAAGCCUCUGUGGCAGCUGUUGCUCAACUGGCUAGAGUGCCCAACAAGACCGGCUUACGCAAGACUGCGAUCCCUUUCCUCUUGCCCCACGAGAUUCUUCACUGUCUAGCUGAGUCUUCUUCGUGGCAGGAAAUUCACCGGCUUUUCGUGACGCACUUGCAGUGCUGGCAACACAUAGCCAGUUUGUGUGAGAGGCGCAAGUGGCGCCUUUUCAAAAUCGUUCCGAAACAUCAUUAUUUUCAAGAAAUGGCGCAAGAUUUGAAGCGGAACCUGGUUAAUCCAAACCGGGCUCACGCUUGCUGGUACGAUGAAUCGUUUUUGGGCUACAUCAAAAAGAUAGCCACGGCUUGUCACAGCUCUUCCAUGAUCCAGUCAAGGUUUUGGCAACGGUACCUGUUGCUACUUGCCAUGCGAUUCGAGGAUGCUCGGAGGUGCUCGCGGUGA